GGGUUGUGUAUCAUAUUUGAGUAGUUUUCUCCAUUGCAAGUAUCAAUGACUUUUAGAUAAAUUCAUAACGAAUGAUUUUUAGAUAAAUUCAUACGGUGUUGAUGCAAGUAUAACUUGAUUAUUUGCUCGACCUUCUGAGUUCUGCUUCAAUGGUCCUUGGCUUAUGGACCCUACUUGUUCACUGUUUCGGUCAAUUUCUUUAAUGUUUAUUUUUUGUCAACAAUGGCUAUCAAUUAUGGUCUUUUUAGCUACUUUUGUUUAGUAUUUGUAAUGGAAACUCAUAAUUAAGCAUGCUUGAUUCUGAGAUAAUGGUGCUUCUGCAUGCUAUUGUUAUUGAUCUUUUCCUCAAUGUCCGCCAUUUCUUACGCAUUCUUUAACCUUUUUUUCCCUUACAUGAAGGAAUAGGGAAUUUGAAAGUAAUUUGAGUUUUGUCUUCUUGUUUAAGUUUUUUUUUCCUUUGUGGGUGUUGAUUGAGUGAGCAGAUUGAGAGGAGUUGGCAAUGGCAAUGGUGGAGGCUGGAUUUUCCGUAGGAUCGCGCAUUAGAACGCGUGAUUCUAGUCCUGAGUCUGUUGUUUUCACUCUCGAGUCGAAUUAUAGCGUUUUCUCUUCUACUUCUGCUAGUGUUGAACGCUGCUCUUUCGCCUCUGAUGCUCACGAUUAUGACUGUCGAAACUCUGAAAUUUCCCUGCACCUGGAAGGGAAUAUUGAGGAAUGUAAAGAAGAAAACAAUGGUUCAGAUUCUGAUCCGAAGGCAAUCGAUUCCUCUGUGGGAAGGGAGCUCAAUCGUCUACCUGGAAAAAGAGAGAAAAUGAAAGUUGAAAAGGAAAACAGCUAUAUUGAUGCGAUGGAUGGAUGCCAACCAUUAAAUAUGGCUAGAAACUCCUUUUCUCUCGCUCUUAAAGAAUGUCGCGAUCGAAGGACUAGAUCCGAAGCUUUAUUGAAUAAAGUAGACAGACAAAGAGCUGCUUCAUUGGAUUUGAAUACUGUCACUGUCUCAUCUCCUCAUUUGGCAAUCAUGAGAAAGAGCUCUUUCUCUCCUAUAAUGUCUGAUACUAGUAUGCUACAAAGUCCUGCUGUGACGAGUUGUAGGCCUGCCAAUGCUGAAAUCCAAAAAGGCUGGAGCUCAGAAAGAGUUCCGUUACAUAAAAAUUAUAGCUCAAAACAAGCGACUACCGCAUUCUUGCCUUUCAGUAAUGGGAGAACAUUGCCAUCAAAGUGGGAGGAUGCAGAACGGUGGAUCGUCAGUCCUGUUUUCAGAGAUGGUGUAGUCAGAUCUGCUGUCCCUCCACCUCAGAGGCGGCCUAAGUCAAAAAGUGGCCCUCUUGGGUUUCCUGGUAUUGCGUACAAUUCAUUGUAUUCACCAGGAAUGCAGAUGCUUGAAAGCUCAAAGGAGGCGAAUUUCGUGUCAUCACCUUUUACACCAGGAAUUGUUGCCGCAGAUGGGUUGGGAGUUCAUUCAAGUGGUCAUGAAGCAGACAAACCUGUACAGAAUCAGCCUUGCAUAGCACGUUCAGUUAGUGUGCAUGGUUGUUCUCAAACGAGGAGUGAGUCUUCAUUGACUACAUCAGUUGCUCAAAACUCUAGCGGAGUAAAAAACUCAACCACAAAUAUAUCUUGUGGUGUUUCAAGAAGGGAUAUGGCUACCCAAAUGAGCCCAGAUGAUGACUUUAAAUCAUCUUUGGAUAGACCACCUAUCUCUAUCGCCACUUCUUCUGUCCAACCCAUUGGGAAACUUAAGAGCCUGUCUUGCUCGAAAUCAGAAGUCAGGGAUGUUGAGGUUGAUGGACGUGUUACCUUGACUAGGUGGUCUAAGAAACACAAAUCUCGGAUUCCAUGCAAGGGCCAAGUUCAUGAUAAAGAUGCUGAGCCUGUGAUCUGUGCUUGGGAUGUUUCAGACACAACAAGGAGCAUCUCAAAAGUCAUGAGAGAGGAGGCAAAGAUUACAGCGUGGGAGAAUCUUCAGAAGGCAAAAGCUGAGGCUGCUAUUAGGAAGUUAGAGAUGAAGCUGGAGAAGAAGAGGUCAUCAUCCAUGGAUAAGAUCAUAAAAAAGUUGAAAUCUGCUCAGAAGAAAGCUCAAGAAAUGAGGAAAUUCGUGCUAGCUAAUCAGAUGAGCCAAGUUGAUGUAUCUUCUCAAGGGCUGGUAUCUUCUGGCAGAAGCCCUCAGAGGACUUCAUUAAGUGGUUGCUUCACUUGCCACGCUUUCUGAGGCUGGAUCAAGGAAAUUACUUCAUAUGUCAGGUAACCGUAACCUUUCUGCUAAAAGUAAGUCUUUAUUCAUUCUUCCUCCCUGCAAUAUCAUCUCUCCAAACCAACCAAAAGAAGGAAAAGAAAGAGAAAAGGAAAAGGACAAUCUCAAUAUCCUUCCAAAGGGGUUUUGAGAAAAUCUCUAGUGGCAGAUCUUCUUGAAUGAAAUCUGGUGACCGACAAGCAUUGCCAAUGGCCGACCAAGUCAAAAGUUGGUUGAUGUUAAAAGCAUGAAAUUUUUAUUAGGGAUGUAGGGUAUAUGAUACAUAAGAAUGUCUCUUGAUUGUAGCUAGCUAGGAGUGAUGAAUUUCCAUCUUAUGACCUAUUUCUAAUCCAUUCAUAUUUUUAGCUUGAGUUUCACUCUUCUCCUCUUUGUAUGUUUCGGAAUUUACCACAGUUGAAAGACUUGAAAAUGUUAUUUGAAAGUUUAGUAAA